AUUCAAACCAGCGAAUGGUUGAGUGUUGAGUAUAUUUAAUCGAUUUUAAUUUAUUUUAUUUUUGAAGACACUAAUAACCAUGUUUCUCAACCGAAAUGAUGUACUGGAUCAGCUCAUUGAGCUUUAUAAUUGUCUUGACUUAUGUAACAGUCAAAAUCUAAUGGAUGAUAAGAAAGUCAGAGAAUUACAUUGUCCUAUUUUAAGGAGUUUUCUCUUCAAUGAAAUUGAAGAUUUUACAAAAACAAUCAUCGAAGAUGUGUUGGAAAUUGAAAGAUUCGAUUUUGAGUUUGCCAAUAAACUUUACGAGUUUGACAAACUAAUGUUUGAGAAGAAAAUUAAAAGUGCCAUCAAAAAAUACUUUAAGACAUUUAAAUUUAAUGGUAUUUUACGAACAGUGAGUAGUUUGAAAUAUGAUCUUCAAGCAGUGAUGGGUUAUGAAGGAAUUUUUGAACAAAUUUAUGACAUUUCAAAUGAUAACAAAGAAUCAUAUGAACUUUCACGAAAACUACAAGAAAUGAUUGCAAAACCAUUAUUUACUCAAAUGACAAUUGAGAAACGUUCUCGUUUAAUAAAAAUGGCCAAAUGUCUACCAAUUUAUCCCCACGAUCUGUCUGGAAAUACUAAAGUUCUUAUUACAAAUAUUGGUAAUAAAUGUCAUUUGAAUAUGGAAAUGGUUAGACAAGAUCAAUCGCCAGUGAUUUUUCCCACUUUAACAUUUGAUAUGAAUGAAUUUAAUUGGAUUAUUCAUUAUGACAAAAAUGAGAACUUUUAUGAAAUUGAAAGUCCCAAUGGCCAGGUUUUGUGCUGGGUCAAACCUCUUCCGAGUUUUUUCAAACGUAUUCUUCCACCUGAAGCGAUAUUAAUGGAUAAAACUGAAGCAAAAAAUACAAAGUGGAACAUUCAAUAUCUUGAGGAGGAAGAUCCUUCAAAAGGAUUUACUAUUAAAGCUGCAGAGCAAGAUAUUUAUAUUUCAGCGGCACGUACUGGGGAAUUCUCAACGUUCGUCAGUGUAGUAAAGGAAUUGGACUUGGAGCAAAGAGAGCGGUUUGCCUGGAAAUUUCAAAGCACUGAAUAUUGAUAGAAGAAGAUUUUAAAUAAAGUUUUGAGAGAUUUUGGGCUCCGCGAAAUUAGGCCCCAGGAAAUAAGGCCCCAAUAAAAAAAUGAAAUAAGGCCCCAAAAAAA